AUGAAUAGCGUAUAUGCUAGGCUCGCGCUUGAAACUAUUGCUGCAGCCCCGAUCCCGGGGCUUGCAGUGUGUGCAACUUUGGUUGCAACUAUCGUAGACAGUGCCAAGAGAGCAAAGCACAACAAGAAGCUCUGUAAAAUGUUGGCAGACUGUGCAGAGAGAGCACAUGAAAGAAUAAUCCGAGUCCAGCAAUCAAGAUUGAAUUCCAGAGCAAUAGAUUUGUACAAAGAGUCGUUAGAUGAUACAUCCCAACUGAUGGAAAAGUUACAACAACCCGGCUUGCUUUAUAGUCUAUGGCGUGUGCUGAAUUCUGAUGAGAUCGAAUCCCAGUUUCGAGAAAUUGGUAAGAAAAUGGAAACGGCAGUGGGCGAAAUUACUCUUGAUUUAGUUACAGACAUUUACGGAGCAGUCAACGAUCAGUCGAGACACACAAUCCAGCUCGCGGCAAUCACCGGCGGUGCUACACCUAGCGACAAUCUAUUGCGUGAUAUAAUGAUUAACCCUGACGCGAUCUAUGACCCGUUGGGCGAAGAUCCCGUAUUCAGAGGGGAUCAUCGAAAAGUACGAAGGAGAUUGUAUCAGGGCGGAACGGUUGCUGAAAUCAGGAUCGGCACUUAUUAUUCUUAUAGCCAGGAAGCGAAAGAUUUUUUCCGCAAGCAAGUUGUAAUAAUGAAUCUUUUGCGUGACAACGAUCAUAUUUUGAAAUUCUUUGGCAUUGAAGAGCGUGCUCAAUGUUUUUAUGUUAUAACUCAGUGGGCUGAAUUGGGAAAUCUUGAAGACUAUUUAAAAAACAAUGAUCCAUCGCAGUUCUCCUGGCACGAGAAAUACAGAAUAGCGCAUCAAGUCGCGCACGCACUUUUCUACUGUCACGAAAGGGAAGUGCUUCACGUUGAUGUGAGGAGUCCCAAUAUCCUCUUGGAUGAGACUAUGACAGCAAAGCUUAGCAAUUUUGAAUAUUCCCGCAAGGAAGAUGGUGUUUCUGUGCCUGCUAGGGAUCAAGCAAUUAGGAUAAGGUGGACUGCUCCCGAAAAGCUGUCUAAUCCUCAACAACGAUAUACGAGAAAGUGUGACGUCUACAGUUUCGGUAUAUUGUUAUGGGAACUGGCAUCACAUAAAUGGCCAUAUUAUGAAAUCAAGACAUAUAAUGAUCUUUUAACGUACGUUCAAAACGGUGGUCGUCCAACCACAGUAGAAGAUACACCGCCGGAAUAUCAAGCUGUAAUGGAAAAAUGCUGGAAUUCAGUACCAUCGUCUCGACCGAGAAUGCAAGAUGCCUGUAGAAUGCUCUACGAUCUUUACGAUCAGUCUCGGAGACAAGGCAUUGUUCGACGAGAUACGACAUCACUACAAACGGAAAGACAUCUCCAGGAGGCAGAAAGGAAUGAUGAUAACGUUGACAGAUCCGAAGAGUUGGAAGAGUACGAAAUCAUCCCAGACGAGUUACCCGCUCUCGAGGUUGCACUUGCCUAUCAUGAAGCAAACGAGUAUGCCCGAGCCUAUCCAAUUUUCAGAGGACACGCGCUCCGAGGUAGCGAGGUGGCUCAUUACUACUUGGGUAUGUACCUCAUGAGCAAUCACCCCGGUCUUCCCAGUAUUCAACCGGUACAAUGUAUGAACCAUUUUCGUGCGGCUGCCGAGAAAGGCCAUCAUGAGGCACAGUACGAGUUUGGUAAAAUUCUAGUGAGCAUCGGACAGGCCGAGGCCGGACUUCAGUAUCUCAGGACCGCAGCAAAUGCCGGCAAUUAUAAUGCGUUGAAUUACUUGAUGGCUAACGCUGGUGGCUGA